UCUGAAAAGUUUGAAGAAGCGUAUAAUUUUUCUUUCUUUUUAUGGCAUCAAUUAGGCAGAAACUGCUUAAAAUAACGGUAGGAAUAGCUACAGGAGCUACGUUUGUUAUUAAAGCUGCGCCUCAUGUUCUUCCAGAACGAUUUUGUCGAAAUGUAACGGAGUGGAAAUCGCAAUCAAGUUCUGAGCUUCCUCCCUCAGCUGUUCCUGUCCCAGAGCGUUGUCAAGUACAGCUUAAAAAGGUGCUCAAACGAUUAGGAAAAGAGGACGAAGAAGACAAGAUAAAGCUAUUUAUAUGUAAUGGGUAUUCGCCUAUAUCAGCUGGAGCUGUAUGGCUUCCUGCAGGCGCUGUAAUCGGGCUUCCAAAGUUUUUUCUCUUUGAAAAAGAAGCUGAUGUUAUUGCCUCGGGACUAACGUUUAAGAACCGGGCUGUGAACUGGAAAAGUAAACUUGGUGGAAAGCUCGCAAGUUCUUUGAUCGCCAGUGAUGAUAAUGUUGCUUUUCUGAUUGGACAUGAAUUAAGCCACAUUCAGGGAUCAGAUUUAUUGUAUGAUGUUCCCAUUGCCCCGGCUUGGUUAUAUGCAACUUAUAAAAUCACCUUUGAAAAUCAAAGAUUUCUUCCCAAGACCCCUGGAAUUGUAAACUUCAGUGCCAGAAUCAUAGUCUGUUGUUUGAGCUACCUCGUAUAUUCUAUAACUACCCGACAAAUUAAAUUACGACAAGAAUUUGCUGCAGAUAAGAAUGCUGCCGAGUUAGAUCUGAGCAUGGCUCUGGGAGGAGUAGAUUUUACUCUUAAAAGGUUGCAUCUUAACUCUGUACUAAGGGUUUUAUAUGGAGAAGAAGGAAAACUGAUGUUUUCCGAAAAAGGUGAAAUACUCAAGAAUUAUACACAUCCAAAGCUGACAGAACGAUUAAGAUUGUUAGAGGAAGUUGUGCACAAAAAAUUGGCUGGAGUGCAGGAUGGAAGCCAGUCUUAAAAGUGCAACAUUUUUGAUUUUAAAACCUUUUUUAGUUUUUAAACUACAUUGUCAUUGGAGUUAGAUAUUUAACUUAUAUAUUACAAUGUAAUUUACAUAUACAUAUAUGUGCAAAGGAAUUUUACUCAGUUGUAUCUUUUUUUGAACUUAAAAAUUUAAAACUUUU